GUGAUCAACUGUUUGAAUACUCAUUUGGUAAAAAUGGCGAAAAUGUCAGUUUUCAUUUGCUCUCUCUACGUUUUAGUGUUGACGUCAUACUCGAUGGCUAUGACAGAAGAGCAGAAGAACAUCAUAAAGCAGCACUUCCACGAGAUGGGCGCCAAGUGUAUAGGGGAACAUCAAAUAUCAGAAGAGGACAUCACCACGCUGAAGAAUAAGGGGGUGCCUACUGGACCUAACGCUCCUUGUUUCCUAGCUUGCGUGCUCAAAUCUUCCGGUAUUAUGGAUAACAGCGGCAUGCUGCAGAAAGAAACAAUGCUUGAAAUGGCGAAGUCAGUGUUCAACGAUCCUGAGGAAUUGGCGCAGAUCGAGAAGUACCUGCACUCCUGCUCUCACAUAAACGGCGAGGCUGUGAGCGAUGGAGAUAAAGGGUGUGAGCGUGCUGUCCUGGCCCACAAGUGCAUGUUGACAAACGCUGCUCAGUUUGGAUUCGACAUUUAAGUAUACAGAAGCUGAAGGAUUCAUUCGUGUUGACUAUCGACCGCUACGCGACAAAUGGUUAAUUGAUCGAAGAUUUAUAACACUGUUAAUAUAUAUCAAACAAAUUUAAUUAAUUAAUAAAGGUACCUUAAAUAUA